CUGUUCAGGGUUGUGAAGCUGUCGUUUAUAUGGCUGGCAGUUAGUUUGGUAACAUAGCCUAUAAAAGCUGAAAAGGCAAGAGAAGUCGGAAGACUAUCCGUGUGGACAUACGGCGAUUCGUGCAUAAAAGUACCAGUUGGAAACACUUGGUCCAUUUGUCCCAGCUCUACAUUUCUCGACUUGCUUGAUAUUAUUUCCUGCAUGACACGAAGAAUGGUUGGUCAGAUCUGUUUCACGUUGAUAUGCGUUUGUCUGUAGACCUGAACCAAACCCUUCCCACAGAGUUGACAACUAUAACGAAAGUGCGACACCGUCUGAAGGCAGAGCAGACUUCAACUUGACUUUAUCCCUCGCUGCAUAAUGUCUUCUGAAGAGAUGUAUAUAUUUUAUCAUGGCUUAAUGCUUCCCAAAGAGACUCACUGCUCUGAGAGCCUGAAGUUUGCGCAGGAGUUUACGUUUCAAGACAAUGACGUCGUGGCUGUCACGUACCCGAAGGCAGGUACAAUCUGGAUGCAGGAGAUCCUCCCGCUGGUGCUGAAUGGUGGGGAUCUGACGCCGAUCCAAACCAUUCCUAACUGGGACAGGGUGCCCUGGCUGGAGGAGAAAAGAUUGGCAUUUGUCGUGGAUCAGCUGGCAUCUCCACGGGCGAUGGUCACACAUUUUCCUCACCACCUCAUGCCCCCGUCCUUCCACACCUCCAAAGCCAAGGUGAUCUAUGUCAUGAGGAAUCCCAUGGACAUCAUGGUGUCUUCGUACUACUUCCACCAGAUGGCCGGAUUCCUCGAGGAUCCAGGAACUUUUGAUGAGUUCAUGGAGAAAUUCCUGGAAGGCAGAGUGCUGUUUGGAAAAUGGACAGACCAUGUGAAGAGCUGGAGACACAAAGAGCUGGGAGACAGAAUAAUUUACAUCACAUAUGAAGAAAUGGUUCAGGACCUGCCUGCAGCUAUCAGGCGUAUUUCAGAUUUCCUGGACAGAAACUUGAGUGAAGAAACCAUUCAGAAGAUAGCAGAGCAUUGCUCCUUCAAGACCAUGAAGGCCAACAACAUGUCCAACUUCAGCCUGGUCCCAAAGGUGUACAUGGACGCUGACAAAUCCCCAUUCUUCAGGAAAGGGGUUGCUGGAGACUGGAAAAACCAUUUUACCUCAGAACAACUGGCCCAAUUCACAUCGGUCAUUUCCAAAGAGCUGGAGGGUGAGAACUUCUCUCUGCCGUAUCUGGAUUGACCAUCAGCCAGAGGAAAGACGGGAGAGUUAGGAAGAGGACCGCCCAUAUCAUUCAUGUCAGAAUAGGCCAGCAAUUGCAGAUCCUUACUUUUGGUUUAGAUAUUAACUGCUAGCUAACGAGGAAAUGCUGAUGAUCAUUUCCAUCAACAAUGAUCAUUUAGAUGCUUCACAACUGUACCUGAUCUUAUAAGCAACAUAUUUAGUUAUUUUUCUACCACUUAAAAUGAUUAAAACAAAGACACAACAAAUUGCUUUCUUCUUGCCAAUUUGCAUAAUAGCAUUACGUAAUGUUACACUUGUAGUUACAGUUUAUAUAUGACAUACUGUUUUUUGGACAAUUUUCGCACAGGUAGGUAUUGCAUAGUUACCUAGUAAAUGCUUGAUUACCAUGUCAUACUUAUUACUGGUUAUUUACCUGUCUAUGCAUAUUUGGGACAAACCACUUCCUCACAAAUCAAGUGACAAUAAAAGGAUUCAAAACUCA